AUGUUUGAGAACGAAAAUGGAGAUUUAACUCAGAUGCUUUAUUGUAAGGAAUUAAAUAUGAUAGAUAAGGGUUUCCUUUUCUUUAUAAAAUUCAUUAAAAUUAUAAAUAAAUUAGUUGUGUUGGAUUAAUGUUCAAGAUUUUCUACAAGUAAUACACCAAAGAAAAAAAUACAGAAAUGGACACUUAAAAACGGCAAUUUACUUAAAAAAUUAGUUUCAGAUGAAGGAAAGAAAUGGAAAAAAAAAGAAAAUUAUUAAUAAUUACAUGGAAAGAUAUUGAGAAAUCAAAAAUAAUAAUAAUAUUAUAUUUAUGAAUAUCUGUAUCUCUUUGAACACUUUGAACAGCCACUUUUUAAAUAUCUCUACUUAUUUAAUGGCUCUGAAAUACAAGGAACAAACAUUAUUCAGUUAAAUUGA